CGCUGCGUGGAUUGAUGAACCGUGCCGUAGAAAGACACCAAGAAGAAGACUCGUCCCGUCUGCAGCUCGCGCUCACGUCUCCGGUUGUAAACAAAGCGUGAGGCCGGUUUGAAGCUCCGCGUCGUCUCUGUCUGUUUCCCCGCACAGCCGAUCAGAGGAACAUGGUGCAGCUGCACGUGAAGCGAGCGGAGGACAGUCAGUUCCUCUACAGCUGCACGGUGGACGAGCAGCUGGACACUGUGAUCCGGCACAUCACCGCCAUUUACAACGGGAGACUGAAGGUGGAGAGGAUAUGUUCAGAGAUACCGGAGCUGGCAGACCAUGGCGUCACACUGCCGCCCAACAUGCAGGGGCUGACAGAGGAGCAGAUCGUGGAGCUGAAACUGAUAGACGAGUGGGAGGAGAAGUGCGUGCCCAGCGGAGGACCAGUGCUCAGGAGGGAUGAGAUUGGAAGAAGGAACGGACAUGCUCCAAAUGAUAAAAUGAAGGAGGUGUUGAUGAGAACAAUGGAGGAGGCGAAAGCUCUGAUCUCCAAAAAACAAGCUCAGGCUAACGUCUGUGUCACCAUGGAAAUGGUAAAAGAAGCGCUGGAUCAGCUCAGAGGCGCCGUCAUGAUUGUGUACCCCAUGGGGCUGCCUCCUCACGACCCCAUCAGGAUGGAGCUUGAGGAGCGGGAAGACCUUUCAGGAACGCAGGCGUCUCUGCAGGUGAUCACAGAGAACGAGUGCCAGCUCUGGUGGGCGGCCAAAGAGAUGCAAAGGGGGAAGAAACUGCAGGACUACAUCGGCAAAAAUGAAAAGACGAAGCUUGUGGUGAAAAUCCAAAAGAAAGGACAGGGGGCGCCAGCGAGGGAGCCUCUGGUCACUGAGGAGCAGCAGAAACAGAUGAUGAUGCACUGCUACAGACGGCAAGAGGAGCUCAAGAAACUGGAGGAGGCGGAUGACGACAGCUGCCUGGAUUCAGACUGGUCGGACAGACAGGCUCUGAAAAAACAGUUUCAAGGCCUCACCAACAUCAAAUGGGGGCCGAGGUGAAGAGCCUCCAGUGGUCGUGGUCAGUUACAGCAUCAUAUGCAACGAGAUGCCUUUUCUCAGUCGAGACGUUUGUUCACUGUUUGAGAUCGUCCACAAGAUAUUUUAUACAUCAGAUGUUUUUAUAUGUUCAGUUCAGAAAUAUGCUUGUCUUGUUAUUUUUAACCAAACUGAAAGGAGAAGAAGAAAUCUAGACACAAAGUGCAACAAAACUUUCAAUAUAAGUCUGAUUUAUUAACUUCAGUCUUCCUGCUGUGUUCCUUCUGAUUAUCAUAACCCUGUAAAUCUGUAAACAAAAUAAAAGUUCAUUUUUAUUGUGUUAAAAAAAA